AUGGCACAGAGUCUCGAGGCCAGGCCGACCGUGGUGGAUUUUCGCGAGGACAGCCCGUGGGUGAAGCUGGCCAAGGCGCACUGGUUGGACACGACUGUCCGCAAGGUCAAGCCAGAUGUGAUCAAACAGCAUUUGUGGGAUCCGCUGGAGGCGGAGGGCUUCACGAGUCGUUCACUUUUGAUAUUGGAGAACUUGAAUGUGCUGGAAAAGUUCCUUUGGCCGACGUACACCGAAGAUGCGUCGAAUCACCACGUUCUUCUGAUUGCUCUGAUUGUCAGCGUGAAACAUCGUGAGCACCUUGCAAUAUGGGACAUUUUCUCCGAUCGCGCCGACGAUUUCUCGAGCCUAUUCCAUCGAAUCCUGUCAAUGAGCAUUGAUACGUCGCUGUCCACCAAUUCCCGCAUGUCAAUAAUCUCGUUCAUAAUCAGUGCCUUUCAAUCACUCGAGAACGUCUUGAUCCGGAAAGAAUGCGCCCCGCUCGUUUCGAUCUCGAUCUGGCACAACCUCGCCAGUGACGAUGCCAGGGAACAUGUCAUCGCCAAGUCGCCCGCACUAAAGAAGGCCUGGAGGGCCUCUGGGAAGCGUUACGAUGCGGGUGAUGACGCUGCCAAAGCGAAAAUGCGGUUCGAGCGAUCAUGGCUGUAUACAAUGCUGCUAGUUUUCUUGCAGAAGUUGAAUGGCCCAGCAAAGGAGCAACCGGAGAAUCUGCUGUAUUGCGAACGCUUUUUGGAACUACUGGUUGAUCUCUUGAGCCAACUUCCGACUCGGCGUUACGUCAAUACCCUGCUCAAGGAUCUCAAUCUCUUGCCCAUUAUCCGCUUGUCACAAUUAUACCGCGUGCCUGAAAAUGCUCUGUUCCGCGAUUUCUACAACCUUCUUAAGCAUUUCAUCAACUUUGCCAUUGAUGAUUACUCUGGCGAAGCGCUUUCCCCUCAGGCCGUCUACGACCUGCACUGCCAAGAGUUGGCGCGAUUGCAAAGAACCGCCAUGAAAUUCUUCAAGGAGAAGCUCAUGAUUCUUGCGCUUUCAAACUUGGGUUCAAUUGAGCAACGAUCCGAGUUGGAAGGUCAACUGUCUUCUCUGGAGGAAGCCGAACUCCAGAGUUUAUGCACAUACCUUGGAUUCCGGACAAGCUAUCCCAAGUCGUCAAAUAUCACCCCCAACCGCCAACUGUACCUUGAGGUUCUUUCCUCGUUUUAUGAGCGCAAGCUUUCUUUCCAGGAAGUCGCUGCUCAAUUGAGUAUCAUCCCAACGGAAGAUAGUCUCUAUGACCCCGCAUUGCUGAGAAGUGAAUCUUAUGAUGGAUCAAGACCUCUUGCAAUCCCAAAGUUGAAUCUUCAAUAUUUGAGUAUUGGGGACUUCCUCUGGCGCUCAUUCCUUCUCUACCGGUCCGAGGCUUUCUUCCAAAUUCGCAAGGAUAUGGAGUCAGUUGUUAAGCGCAUACAGCCCAAGGCAAAUCGUGAUGGAAGCUUGAAAUUUGAUGGAUUCUCUCGAAUGGCUAUUCCAAUCUCUAAGCCUGCUAUCAUUGAAGUUGCCCCAGCCAAGGUUGGCUCUCCCAAUCCGGCGUUCGUUAGGGCCGAGAUAGCAAUCGAGGUGGGAAGGCUUGCGGACAACAUCCGCAAGGAAUGGGACUCCCUUCGCCCAGAUGAUGUUGUUUAUCUGCUGGCUGUUCAGUCUCCUUCUCCCACGCAGCUGGGAGGCCGUGACCAGAAUGCAGAGGAGCCUCGUAUGACUUACCUUCGCACAGCAGAGGUCGUGCAAGUGCUUGAUGAGCAAGGCCGUCCAUUGCGACUGCCAGGACGAGGUCAGGCCAACGGAUAUCACGCUCGUCCGAGGGUACGCAAGAUCCUCGUUAAUCUGGAUGCUGCGGCAUUCAAGGCAGACAAGGACCGCCAGCUGCACGGCAAAACUGAUAUCUAUUCCCUGAUCAAUGUUAUCGCGCGCAGGAAGGGGAGAGAGAAUAACUUCAGGUCAAUUCUUGAAACAAUGCAGAAGCUCAUUGUUUCAGAUAUGACUCUCCCGUCCUGGCUCCAGGAUAUUUUCCUUGGAUAUGGAGACCCUGCGGGGGCGCAAUAUACUCAAUUGCCAGACAAGCUCCAGUCUGUGGAUUUCCUGGACACGUUCUUGGACUGGACUCAUCUGGUAGAGAGUUUCCCCGGGAAAACUAUCGAGCCAUCGGGAACUGAAACAUCUAGUUUCGGUCCCCCUUACGUUCUCGAGUCCAUCGACAGUGAAGGAAAUUCUGCCCCUACUGCCCCGCAGAAGAAGCGCCGGCGAGAACAAGCCGAGCAGACCGAGAAAGGCCCCAGCACCAUGCGGGUGUCAACUUACAAGCCACCCAACCCUGGCCCCUACCCUGUCGAUGCCCCCAAGCUCAACAAGGUACGUUUCACGCCCGCCCAGGUGGAGGCAAUCGCGUCCGGCACCCAACCUGGUCUCACGGUAAUUGUGGGGCCACCUGGUACCGGCAAAACCGAUGUGGCAACUCAAAUUAUCAACAACCUUUACCACAAUUUCCCCGAAGAGCGCACGCUGCUCAUCGCCCACAGCAACCAGGCGCUCAACCAACUCUUCCAGAAGAUCAUUGCACUCGAUAUCGACGAGCGCCAUCUUCUGCGACUUGGUCACGGCGAGGAGGAGUUGGAUACCAAUUCAAGCUAUAGCAAACAUGGCCGAGUCGAAUCUUUCCUUGAUAACCGGAACCAUUAUCUGGCAGAAGUCAUGCGACUUGCAGCGUCGAUUCAGGCCGAGGGUGCCCAUGGGAACUCGUGUGAAACGGCUGGCUACUUCAACACCGUCUAUGUUCAGCCCGCGUGGGCCAAAUUCUGGGACCAGGCCAACGCGGAAGAAGUGUCAAAUGAGGAGAUUGUCGCCUCCUUCCCCUUCCACACAUAUUUCUCAAAUGCCCCGCAACCCUUGUUCGAUGCAGGCGCUUCAAAGGAGACAAUCCUGGAUAUUGCAUCAGGCUGCCAACGGCACAUUGACCGAAUCUUCUCCGAGCUCGAAGAUAUUCGACCCUUCGAGAUUCUGCGUCAGCCGCGGGAUAAGGCCAAUUACCUUUUGAUCAAGGAAGCUCGUGUGAUCGCAAUGACCUCCACGCAUGCGGCCAUGCGUCGACAGGAGAUUGCGGACUUGGGCUUCCACUACGACAAUGUGGUCAUGGAAGAAGCUGCCCAGAUCACUGAAAUCGAGAGCUUCAUUCCCACUGCUCUUCAGAACAUGAAGAACGGCGAGCUUCCCCUCAAGCGAGUCGUCCUUUGCGGAGAUCAUUUCCAGAACUCCCCUAUCAUCCAGAACAUUGCUUUCCGCCAGUACGCACACUUCGAGCAGAGCCUUUUCCUGCGCCUGGCACGGCUCGGUGUCCCGGUUAUUACUCUGGACAAGCAAGGGCGAUCUAGGCCGACUAUCGCCGAGCUCUUCCGGUGGCGCUACCCGGAGCUGGGUGAUCUCCCGGCCGUAGAAACCGUGGAAGAAUUCCAGCAGGCAAACGCUGGCUUUCAAUUCGACUACCAGUUCAUCAAUGUUCCUGACUAUCAAGGCACCGGUGAGCGCGAGCCGACACCACACUUCAUUCAGAACCUGGGCGAGGCAGAGUACGCUGUGGCGCUGUACCAGUACAUGCGACUGCUAGGCUACCCGGCCGCGAAAAUCUCCAUCUUGGCUACAUAUGCUGGGCAGACGGCUUUGAUUCGGGACGUUUUGAGCCACCGCUGUGCGAAGAACCCCCUCUUUGGAAUGCCGAAGAUCGUAACAACCGUGGAUAGAUACCAAGGAGAGCAGAAUGAUUACGUGAUCCUGUCUCUCACCCGUACUCGCACCGUGGGCUAUCUGCGUGACGUUCGCCGUCUGACAGUCGCCUUGUCCCGCGCCCGCCUGGGGCUCUAUAUCCUCGGUCGCCGUGAGGUCUUCGAAUCAUGCUAUGAGCUCAAACCUGCAUUUGACCGUCUGCUACAGCGACCGGACAAGUUGAUGCUUGCGCCAGGCGAGAUGUUCCCCACCACGCGAGCGCUGGACGCUACGGUGGAGGGUACCCCCAUGGAGGGUGUCGAGCAUCUAGGCCAGUAUGUGUUCGAGAUGACCCAGGCCAAAGUCAAGGCUAUGGGUGAUGGCGAGAUGGUCCUUGAUGGUGCGGCGCCAGAAGACGAAGAUGGCCUUUUGGGUGACGAUGAAGAACCGCUGGGUGCUGAUGGGAUUGAGGAUGAGGAUAUUGUAUGA